AUGCUGAUGUUUCUACGGGCACAAUUCGUCAAAAUCUACCUCAGAGAUAUUGACAUACCAUCUUCAGGCGAAUCCAUGACAUCUCCCUUCCUGGUGACCUCGAGAUUCAUUUGGACUGGUAUCAACAAAGAUUUCCAAGGUAACUCGCCAUACACUUUCUCCUUCAAUCCAGCUACCUCUAGAUUUGAUUAUGUUCAUGUUGAUCCUGUCGGUCCCCUGCCCUACUCCAAUGGAUACAGGUACAUCCUCAUCUGCACUAACAGAUUUACUAGAUGGCUGGAGGCAAUUCCUUUUGCUGACAUUCAUGCUGAUACUGCAGCAGGAGCCUUUAUUGCCAGCAGCAAGAGUUCUCUCAAAUCAGACCUUGGCUCCACUUCUGCAAAGCUUGUAGAUGGUACAUCUGUCCGGGUACCUGGUGAAUUACUCUGCAAUUCCACUGGCUCCAUUACCAACCCUACUCAGGAUUAUGCAGCCAAGCUCAGGGAUGUGAUGUCUAAGCUUCGACCUGUUCAGCCACAGCAGCUGUCUUCAAGCAAGUCUUUCAUUCCAUUUGACGUUAACUACCAUAUGAAGAUCCAUAGGAAGUUCUUUGGCGCACAAGAAAGACUUACCAUCAACCGCAAUGAGACUUCUGACGCAAUCGCCAUCGAUCGUGUUAAACCUGCUUACUUGCUGGAUGUACCUAACUACCUCGCAAACCAUGUCCAGCCUUCAUAUGUUCAACCAAAGAAAUGUGUAACGUUCCUCCUUCCUCGUCACCAGGAGGGGGUUAAUGUAAUGUGA